AUGAAUUUUCCUAUGAAUCAACAAAUAAUAGUUAUAUUCGUACAGCUCUUGCAUAACAAACCGCCGGAGUCGCGGCGGCCGGAGCGGGAGCCGGAGGCGGGCUCCAGCCGCGACGCUCCCUCGCGCCUCGCGCCGGGGCUCUCGAGUAUACAGAAUGACGUGUGGGAGGCGUCUAUAACAAUCAAACAGCACCGAAUGCUCCAAGAAAUGUACAGCAGAGGGCAGGUGGGCCGCAACUUCAACAUGCAGCGCAUCAUGGGCAUCAACACGGGCAUCGCGCCGCCGUCGCUGCGCGCGCUGCCCGUGCGCCUCGCCGAGCUGCGCCCGCUGCUGCACGCGCCGCCCGCGCCCCACCCUCCCCACGCGCCGCACGCCGCGCAAGGCACCCUGCCCUCCACGUCGGGACAGACAUGGCGUGAGAGCAACAUGUGUGAGGAGGAAGAGAUCCCGCACUUCAUCCGCCAGAACCGCGACCGCCUCCUGUACUAUGUAGAAGAGACUAAUGAAGGGAAAGGGUUUAUUAAGGAAUUAUGUUUCUCGGCGGAUGGUCGACUCGUCUGUUCGCCGUUCGGCCGCGGCAUGCGCCUCCUAGCUCUAAAUGAAAAUUGCGCUGAACUGUCCCACUGCGUCCAGGACUUCAACGGACCAGCUCAAAUGGUAGACAUAGGCCAAAGCCUGGGCAUCCAUCAGGACCUUGUCGUCAGUUCCAAGUUCAGUCCUCGUCAUCACCUCUUAGUCACUGGCUGUCUUGAAGGGAAAAUUGUCUGGUACGAACCAUUCAGUGGGGAAUCAUGUUAC